AUGGAGAGUUUGAUAGAGCAAGCAAAAGAAGAAGUGGAAAUACUGGAGUAUCAGCACCCAAACAAGUUCAUCUCUCUAAAGCAAGACCUGAGAGCUUUCAUCUCAGAACUGGAGGACCCACAAAACUUGCUGCUCAAACACACCACCAUUUCCAUCUUUUCUGAAACUCAAGAGUCAUCCACCACAAACAAAAGAAAAGAAGUCGUUUUGGUCGGAGGAGGCAUGAAGAAGAGGUGCAAGACUGAUGCAGUUCUUGAGAGAGCUCAGCAGUGCCUGCAUAAAAUUCGACAGUUGAAAACUAGCUUGUGUUAGCUUAUCCAAACAUUACCACAAUGAAUUUGUGCUACUUUUGUUUGAUGAAUUCUACUAAGGAACCAACACUUUAUGAAAUUGGGAUUUCAAAUCA